AUGAGUCCACACCGGACACUCGAAGGCCACCGAAGAGGUGCUUCGCUCGGGACGGGCUGGCUAGUGCCCGUCCAGCGCCAGUCGAGGCGGGUGGUGUCGGUCAAGCCGCUGGAACAUGCCCCUCGACGGUUCGUAAACUUGACGUACCCGCCACAGAAACGGGUUGCAAAGCGACGAGCCCGACCUGCUGCUGGAAACCUGCUGCGAGCCCAGACAGGUGCCCAUGUCGACGGGAAAGCGGUCGCUCCUGAAGGCACGGUGGCGCUGUGUUUGAGUAACGGACACGGAGAGGACCUCGUUGCUGCCCAGGUACUUCGCGCUCUCUACCACCAUACCUCGUCUUGGUUGCACGUGGAUGUGCUGCCGCUGGUCGGCAUUGGCAGUGCCUAUAUGCGGCUCGCUCAAGAGCUGGCGCUCGAGCUGCAUCAAGAGCCCGCGACAAGCAACGCCUCAGCGAUGCCGAACAGGGUCCCCAGUCUGUGUCUCCUGCAACCUCGCGCAACGUUGCCGAGUGGAGGCUUCAUCUACGCUCGACCAUGGGCAUUGCUCCGCGAUAUCGCCGCAGGUCUUUUUCGUAUCGUCAUUGGACAAUGGAGGCGCAGUCGAUAUUGGCUGCAUGAGAAGAGCACCCAGGUGCCGGCUUACAUGUUGCGGUCGGUGCGCUUCGUCGUCUUGGCGGUCGGCGAUGUAUGGCCGCUCUUCCUGGCAGUCCAGAGCGGCGUCCAACACGGCGUCUUCAUUGGGACGGCAAAAUCAGACCUCUAUCUUCAGAGUCCCGCCGGCGAAUGGUUAUUUAUGCAACCGUAUCCUCAUCGGUGGACCAGCGAUCGCUGGGUGUACGGCCUGAACACAAGCGAAGCGUCUCGCUUUUGCCUGGGUGCAGCGGCUAGGGCGCCCGGCUGGCACGCGAGACUCCAAGGUUGCUGGCGCUUUCUGCGCCUGCUGCUUCUGGAUGUCCAAUAUGCAGUCUUCAUGUAUCGUCGGUAUAGGAUUUGGCGCGCUCCGUUCUUCUGGCGACUUGCGAGGCUUUUCGAAGCGCUCCUAACAGGAUCCAGCGUCUAUUUGCCGUGGGAGCGUUGGCUCAUGCGGCGUCUCGGUACUGCGGGUGUUUACGUUCGGGAUCAGCUGACGGCUCGCAACCUAUCGCGCUUAGAUGUUCCACGAGUGGCGCCCUAUGCACUCAAUCCCAUGCUCGAUGAUCUAACGGAAACCGCGGAUAUCGAGUCGCAUCGGGUGCACGACGCAGAGCCUUUCCUAGUGGUUGCGGUGCUGCCGGGCUCGCGAGCCCCCGAGGCGUAUCGAAACUGGGAACGGAUGCUGAGCGAGCUGGAGCAGGCGCUCACGAACGCUGACGAUAUCCGGCUCUCGCUGGAGGUUCCCGUUGCCUCUACACUGGACUGUGCUUGUCUAGGCGGGCUCGCUCAAAAGCUCGGCUGGCAUCCGACAAACCACUCGACGGAAGAUGCAUCCAGAGAUAGCGCUGAUGUUACCCAAGAAUCUACUGGUGAAAUGCUGUACGCAAGUGGCGGCCAUCGUCUCCGAUUCUGGAGUUCGCAAUCGUCUAGCGAAUCUUCUCUGGUGACAGGAAAUCCGCUGAAACUUUGUCUUCAGCGAGCCGACCUGGUGUUCGCAUGUGCCGGUACUGCGACAGAGCAGGCGGUAGGUUUGGGUAAACCAGUGAUCACGUCACCGGGGAGAGGACCUCAGUUCACAAGAGGUUUCUGGGAGGCCCAAGGACGUCUCCUUGGCCCGAGUGUUAUCCUCGCGGAUCCGCAGCGAGAGCAUGGCGACGCAGUCUCCAAGGCGGUGCUCCGAGUUUGCAGCGCGCUACGUGAUACCGCCCAGCGAGCGUCGAUAUGUGCGUUUUUGCGGGAACAAGCCGCGCUCGUGAUGGGUCAAGCUGGUGCAGCGGACUACAUUGCACAAAGCAUCCUACAACAACUGGACAAGAAUCAGGAAGAUUAUGUUGUUGGCUUGGCAUAG